UUGUAUAUUUCAUUUGUUGCGAAUGGGCAUAGUCAUAUUUUACCUUCUUCGAAAUUUCGUCUGUUAAAAGAACUGUGAAGUUGAUAAUCCUUUUUUCAAUGUAAAAUUUAUUUUUAAUCUUUAACAAAUCAAUUUGAUAAAUUUUAAUACAAAUUUAUAAAACUCCACUUUUUACCUGUACAUCUCAUGGAUUACAACGACAGACUUUUACAUGACCUUGUUUUAAAAGAUAAUAACAUCGAAUUGCUUCGAAAGGAAUUGGCCAAAGGGAAGUAUUCAAAUCUCACAGAUUCUAGCGAAGAAACACUACUUCAUAUAGCAGCUAAAAGUAUCUACGAUAACCCAGGAAUUGUGCAAGAAUUAAUUAACGCUGGUGCUGAUGUAUGUGGAUUGGACCGCUACUUCAACACACCUCUGCAUUUCGCAGUUAUAUAUGGAAAACGCAAAGUUGUCGAUUUACUUCUACAAACGGAGGUUUCCAUCAACCAGAAGAAUCAACACGGAAUGACAGCUUUGCAUUAUGCUAUCAAUAAAAGUUCUAGCCCUAUAUUCAAUAUCCCUGGGCUAGCUGUUGAUAUGUAUAUAAUUAAAAAGCUGUUGGAUCACAGACUUAUAAAUGUUGACGCAAUUGAUAGUCAACACCAAACGCCACUUAUAUUGGCUAUUAAAAAUGAUCAUUUAGAAAUUGUAAAGAUGUUGCUCAAUAAGAAUGCGAGUCUAGAUACUUCAGCCUCUUUCGGACCUUCACCUUUGCAUCAUGCCCUGUUUUAUCUCAAUCAACGCAUUGUAGUUGCCCUACUUCUGAAACAAGCCAAUCUUUUUACAAUGGCUGAAAACUGUCAGAAUCCAUUGGAUAUUAUCACAAAUUUGGAAUCGUUUGAAUUUGCGUGCACAUGUUUAAAAGUAAUCGCAUUUAAUUAUAGUUGUAAAGAACUGUUGACAAAUAAAUUAAUAAAAUUCCCUGAGUUGUGGCAAUUUCUGAACAAGUGCUGGAACGAGAUUGACUACAUGAAAAGCGAUAUUAUUGCGAACGAGUUGACAGUUUUUGAUUUUUUCAGUAAAUGUGCUGCUAAACCUGGAUUUGAUGAUCCGAUAUUACAGAUUUAUAAACCUGUUGUUGAAAAGUUACUCACUGGAAACUAUCCGGUAUAUCUGAGUUAUAUAUUAAACCGCAUCUCGAAGUCGACAAUGUAUGCAGUAUUGGAAGACUACUUUAAUGAGAAAUAUUGUAAUAAGCCUUUUGGAAUGGAAUAUUUCACAGCAUUUUCGAAAAUUAUUAAGAUUGGCUUGCUGUGUGAGUAUUUAUCAAAUGAGAACAUAUUUUGUUUAAUUGUAGCAUUUAUAGAUACGACAAAAAGUGAGUAUUUGCUGAAUUUUCAUGAGCAUGAGUGGUAUUUGACUGAAUUAUGGGAUGCUUAUCCUGAUAAACAUUUUUAUUGUAUUUAUUUCAUUCUCAUGGACGACUGUAUCGAAAUUUUACUGGUCCACUUAGUCAAAACUGACGAUAACUUGAUAGACAUCCAGGAAUUGUUGGAUGGAGGAGCAGAUCCAAACUAUCGACUCAUCUAUGGUCGUACACCACUUCAUGAAGCUGUUGGAAGUAACCAAGAAAAUACCGAGGUCGUUGAAGAAUUAAUCAGAUAUGGCGCUAAUGUGAAUUUUUAUGACGAUUUCGGGUACACAGCCCUCCACUAUGCAGUGAUGCAACAGAAAUUUUAUGUAGUAGAAGCCCUUCUUCAGGCAGGGGCUUUUAUCAAUGCCAAGACUUUCCUAGGAGAAACAGCUCUGCAUCUUGCCGUCAAUGCUUUCAAAUAUGUGCCUCCGUCCCAAGAUCCUGAUACAAGCGUUAUAGAAUCUCUGCUUGACCAUGAAGGUGUGGAUUGCAAUACAAAGGAUUCUAACGGCAAUACUCCAUUAAUGUUAGCUGUUAAGGGGGAACAAUCCUUAGCUGUAGAAUUAUUAUUAUAUAAAAAAGCAAGCCCGAAUAUACCUGACAACCUUUCCGAAACUCCUUUGCACGUGGCCUUUGCUGAGAAGUCAGAACCUAUCGCUUUUGAACUUUUGAGAAUGGGUGCUAAUAUUUAUGCAGUGAAUAGAGACAAUCAGACGCCAAUGGAUAUAUUCUUCGACAAUAUGACACCUAAUGAGCCGUUUAGUACUGCGCAGACAUUUCUGAAAUUUAUUUCUUUCAGGUAUCAAGUUACUGAGGCCAUAAAACAAAAACUACAAAGAUUUCCCGAGUUAUUGCAGCUUGUAGAGAAGUGGUGUGAGGAAGUGAAUCGUAUGAGAAGCGAUAUUCUAAUUUAUAACAUACCGUUUCAUGGUUUUAUCUUGAAUUGUUAUGGAGACCCAGAAAAUCCCCAAUAUCCUGAAUACCUUAUAUUGGAAAUGUACAAGUGCAUAAUUGAGAGAUUUGUAAUGGGUUUGUAUCCUGAAUAUUUCAUGGAUAUAUUCGUGUGCAUUCCUGCUUCCAGUUUGCGUGAAGUAUUGCAAAAAGUUGUCGAUUGGAGAAAAAAAUCAAAAUGGUGUAAUGACCCGGUGCUGUUCUCUAAUAUAGAUAUCACAUAUUUGUUGUCUUCGUAUUUAUCACGUUUGGAAAUGUUUUGCCUAAUUGUUUCACUUUCGAAUGUACAAGUUCCCGAGUCGAUGCAGAAUAUAUGUGUACCUAAAUUCAGUUAAUUUAUUAAGGACGCAAGGUACUGCAAAAGUUAUAAUUUUAAUUAUAUAUGGUUUUAGACAUACUGAGCUCCCAGAAAUAUUUCAAAUGUAUUUUUUUCUUAUCAGCGAAAAUUAUAUAAAUAUAAAUUCCUUAAAUAUAUGAAACGUAAAAUUUGCAGAUAAAUUAAAUUAGCGUGUACUUAAAAUUUAUAUUCCUUCAUACGCCCUUGAAUUCCUAUAUGUAUUGAUACUCUGAUAUGUUAACAUCUAAACUGUUGUAUGUUUGUAUUAUCUGUUAAUAUUUCAUGUUUUGAAUGUUAUCAUAAUUUAAAUUUAGAAUUUCUAUGAAAGCUUAUUAUUUUUAACGCAGGUAGACGAAAAUAUAGAAAGCAAGCUUUAAAAAUAUUACACGAUUAAAUGUGUUUAUUUUUUUAGUUUAAUUAUAUUUAAAAUGUCAAAGAUAAGUCUAAAUUGUUUUUAAUUAGUAAAAUGAGGUUUUCUACUUUUGUUAAAUACUUGUUCCUCCAAUAUACUAAAAUAAUCAUUUAAUUUCUAGGCGAAGCAACGACUCGGCGCUAAUACAUAGGAUUCUAAAUUUCGUGUCUUUUUCUGAAAUAUAAUCAUUUCUAAACAAUCCGAAUCCUUUCACGUGAAACCAGUGCUUUGGCAAACAUUUUCCAAUUGUUAU